GCACUAGACAUAUACUGGUAUAUCAUAAAUGAAAUUAUAUAUUUAAUACUUAUACAUACAUUCAGAUAAUUAUAUUUUAGUUUUAUUUGUUGCUAAAACUACUAAUAAUUAUUAUAAUAAUGUCUAAAAGCAAUAAUAAUAAUAAGAUAAGAUUUUCGGCACACAAUAUAUGCGACAAAAAGUUACGUCAAUAUCCCCUGAAAUAUCCGGUACCAAAGCUUAUAACACAAUUGCCAUUCAAACGCAAUCCAUUGGACCUAACUAUCGAUGCCGAGAUACUGGCCGAAUGGUCAUACAAACAGUUCCCGACGAGUCAGAUAUCGGCCAAAAACUAUAAAAAUGUAGUAACAGUUUCGACAAUAUUGAUGGCCUUUUUCUAUCCGACCAUAACCUCUGAGGAAUGUUACUAUCAUAUGUUGCAGGAUAUGAUCUUUAUAUUUAUUAUGGACGACAAUACCGAAGAAUCGUGGGGUCAACAUAACGGCCAACAUAUGGACAAAUGCCGUGAGGCUUGGACACAACAUAUCAGUAUGUUUGCAGUGGCCAAUGACGACCAAUCAAACCCAAACACAUUGCCAGUCGAUCAGAUGGAGCCGUAUAUUCGGGCUAUUAUACCGACAUUUGAGGCAUUUUCUCGGCAAAUGAGUGCCGAACAGUGGAAACGAUUUGUCGGCGCAAGACUAGAGUUUGCCGCCGCAAACCUCGAGGAAACGGAAAUUCUUCGCAAAAACGGCGGUCGGUUUACUUCAUUAGAGGAAAAACUACAGGUUCGCCGCAAAACAAUUGGCUUAAAACCGACACUAUUGUCUGUUACCUAUGGCCUCGAUAUAGACCUAACGGAGCGCGAAUGGUCUGAUCCACGUAUGAAACAGUUGGUCUCAUUAGUUGUCGAUUACUGUAUGUAUACAAACGAUAUAUUUUCGUUUGAAAAAGAGUUAAUAAAUAGUAUUAAGACAAUAUUGAAGACAACGAAAACUACUACUACUACUACUACUACUACUACUACUACUACUACCACUAAUGGCAAUGUCUGCGACACCAACAUCAGGAACGGCAUCGGCACCGGCAUUACUAUACAAUCAUUGACCAACAAUGAUAAGCAUAUAGAAUGGGAGGCAUUGAAACAGUUGUCUAACAUUGUGGCUAUGAUUGCCAUUGAACGCAAGUGUACGAUACCUAUGGCUCAGAUGAUUGUCGGCAAACAUAUCGAACAAUUGGACAAACAAAUCAUACAACUGGUCUACGACUGGACAGCUGUCGGACGUCAUGCCGACAACAACGACAACACUGGCGAUUGCACUGUUGAUGAUGAGAGGGACUGCAAUGGUGGCACUGGUAGUGAUGGUGGCCAACGGUUAUCAUCGCUAAGUCCCGAUGGCAUUGAAUUUGUUCGGGCAUUACUCUAUAUGCCCGGCGGUAUAUUUCGAGUAAGCGGUGUCUGUGACCGGUAUAUGAUUAUAUGAAAAGGGUGGGGUAGUGGGGGAUGGGUUAUGGUAGCAAACAAAAAUAAUUACAUUAUUAUUAUUAUUUAUUAAUAAUUAAUUUUAUUUUUUCAUUUGAUUAUACUUUCAAAUAAAUAAACAUUUUUUUUGUGUGUAACUUAUUUUUUUAAUGGAUUCAAUUUUUGU